AUGGCUGCCGAAGCUUCGUCGCUCGAGUCUCUGCGCGAGGCCGAGGCCACCUUUCGCCGGUGCGAGCAGGGCCGCAUCGCGCUUCCCGAGGUCAAGCAGAGGACAUCCGCACGCGAUGCCCCCUACCAGCAGCACCGUCUCGACCCUUGGGUCGGCUUCGACAAGUCGCGAACGCUGCCCAUCCCCAAUGACGUCUUUACCGGCAUCAAGAGCGCCAGUCCCACCGCCACGCAGUCGCUCUUCCCUUCCAUCCGCAGAGCGUGCAUCACCGUCGACAACAAGGUCUAUCUGUGGUCCUACCUGGAAGGUCAGGCCGCAUUCGAAUUCUAUUGCGUGCCCGAUGAUCAGGUGGUGAUUGCCGCCAGCGUCGUGCCCGUGCGUCCGGGUGUCUUCGCCGACAUCGUGACGCACGUGCUCGUCCUCAGCGUCGGCGCAUCGGUCCGCGAGGGCAAGUACGUCAAGGUGCUCGGCCUCUCGUACACUCAGAAUGGAACUAGCUCCAAGGUCGAGGUGCUCGAAGCAGGAAUGACCGCCAACACGAACGGCGUCAUGCUCGACAACAUCGUCGGCACAGACGCUGGACGUGUCUUUGCAACCGGCUCCGACAACUGCCUCUACGAGCUCGUCUACCAGCGCAACGAGGGCUGGUUCACCAACAAGUGCUACCUCCGCAACAUCACCAGCCCGCGUCUCUCCAAUCUCCUGCCGACAUUCGUCAAAACAGAAAAGAAGCUUCUCUACAUCACCGUCGAUAACGCACGCCAGCUCGUCUACACGCUCCGUCAGGGCGACCUGAUCGAGGUGUACAGCUUGCCCUCCAAGGACCCUUCGUCAGCACCCGAGAGGCGCGGUCAGACCAUUGGUACCUCCGGACAGCAGGGCACCCCACACGCUCGCCACGACGUUGGCUCCAUCGUCUGGAUCGGCCCCGUAGAGCGCGAGGCUCGAUCCAACGUCGUGCUCCUCGCUGUCACCGACCGCGGCUACCGCAUCUUCCUCGACAACUUCCAAGGUCGCUCCGAGCCCGCCAUCACGGUCCGCGCCCCGCCCGCACUCCAACAACCUCCUGGCGUAGCCGCAGCCGGCUACGGUCAGCCGCAAGUACCACAAGCAUACCCAGCGCUGCCACAGCAGCAGCAGCAGCAGCCGACACAAGAGGCAAUCACAAGAGCCGUCUCCUCCGUCUUUUACGCCGGCGACGUCUUCAUGAUGGGCUUCAACUACAACAGCCUCCCGUGCCAGAUCUGCGCCAUCACUCCCGCGCUCAAUGUCAAUGCCACCACAACUGGACCUGUCGAGAAGGCCACUUUCAUCGACCUCGAGCUCGCGCUUAGCACACCAGUCUUUGCAGAGGCGCCCUCGUCUCAUCCGCUGCCACAGAUCACCGACAACGGCGAGCUGGUCCGCGCCACCUACGCACAAAAUCUGCGUCCGCCACGCAGCUUCCUCGUGCUCGACAAUAACGGUCUCACAGAGCUCGUCGAGCGCCGUCCCGUAGACACCCUCAGGGGCUUGCUCGAGUCGGGCGUCGCCGUCAGCAGCGCGGCCAUGAUGCAGUUCUUUGGCCUGUUCGGAUCCAUCGAGGCUUGCGAAAGUGCGCUUGCCAUCGCCGCGCACAAUGCCCAGGUGGCCGCUCCGCGCGUCACGAUUGGAUCCUCGGGAGGCGUUCCCGCCGGUCUGGCGCAGACCGUCUCGGACGACGUGACCGCGCUCGCUUCCCGCGUCUUCUUCAGCCAGUACGGAUCCUGGCCUGCAGACACCACGGUGUCGGCCGCGCUCUCCACACCCCGAACCUCGCGUCACGACGGUUUGGCGCUCUACAUCGCAUGCAUUCUCAAGCGCGUCUGGGACCGCGCCAUCAUGCCGCCAGAGCCUGCCAACCCGGGAGCAAAGCCUGCAGCUCCUGCAGCGAGCUCGGCGUUGACGUCGUAUCGUCCUACCGCCACUACCACGUCGGCAGCAGCCAAGCUGCCGCUGCGCAAGCAGGACUUGGAGGAGACGCUGGUGGAUCUGAUUCCGCUGCACGACUUUAUGCAGCAGAGUGCCAAGCUGUUCGGGCUCGGUGCGUCGUCUGCCAACCGCAGCUUUGUCAACGGCAUGGGCUACGACCAAGAACGCGCCGCCAAGCUCGACCAGGAGAGCUUCGGCAGGCUGCGUGCGCUCGUGUCGCGCGCCAUGGAGGCGACCAACUUUAUGCUCUUCCUCAUCGAUCACGGACUCAAGCCGCUCAUCGACGCGUGCUCGGCCGAAGCAAAGGGCGUGAUCGCCAACCUGAGGUUCGGCCAGCUCAUCACGUCCGAAGAGGGCAAGCGUGCAUCCAAGGAGCUCGUCACCGCGCUCAUCGAGGCGCGCAUCGGUGCACAGGUCAGCAUCGAUGCGGUCGCCGAUGCGCUCCAGGCAAGGUGCGGCAGCUUCUGCUCGGCAGACGAUGUUCGCCAGUACAAGGCGACCGAGUGCAUCCGACGCGCCAAGGAGACGCGCUCGGAACAGGACAAGAUGGACAACCUGCGCAUGAGCCAAAAGCUGCUCGCCAAGGGAGCCAGCCAGCUCUCGCCCGACAAACUGCGCGGAGUCUGCGAGGACUAUCGCGCGCUCGGCUUUGCGACGGGCGCCAUCGAGCUCGCGUUGCAGUGCGCGGCCGAGUGGGAUCCGGCGGGCACGGCGGCUUCGUACGUCGCCGAGGGCAGUCCCGAGGGGCCGGAGCACCGGGCGCGCCGAGAGGUGGAGGAGCGCCUCAAGAAGGCGUACGAGCUCGUGUUCGAGACGCUGCAGCAGCUCGAUGAACGGCUGGACGCGGCGUACAACCUCGGCGGCGACGAGGCGCAGGUGAGGCUGGCGAUCAGCACGCGCGACAAGGCACGCAGCGAGGCGUAUGCGCGCGCCGAGGCGUCGCAGGACGUGCUGUUCCACGAGAGCAUGUACGCCUGGCUGAUCGAGCGCAAGAUGACCGACCAGCUGCUCUCGAUGCACACGCCCUACCUCGAGCAGUACCUGGUGCAGCGUCCGCCGGGCGCACGCGGUCAGGACGCCAACUUUUUGCGAACGCUGCGCAACUUGCUCUGGCAGUUCUACGUGCGCCAUGGCGAGUACUUUGCGGCGGCGCAGGUGCUGGACGCGCUCGCGCACAGCAAGGAGUUUGGGCUGGAUCUGCGCGAGAGGAUCGAGUAUCUGGCGCUGGCGGUGGGCAAUGCCAAGUCGGUGUCGCCGUCGAACGUCGAGGCGAACGAGGUGGUGAGCUUCCUGGCGCAGGCCGAGGACUCGCUCGAGGUGGCGCAGAUCCAGGCGCGCGUGCUGCAGGCGUUGCAGCAGAUGGGCGCCGACGAUGUGGAUGCCGAGCGCGGCGCGCUGCUGGCGGACUCGGUCGAGUGGCUCAACGAGGAGCUGCUGGAUCUGUCGACGCUGUACAAGAAUCUCGCCGAGCCUUUCGAGCUGCUCGAGGAGCAGUUGGCCAUGAUUGCUUCUGCAGAGCUCAACGAUGUUGGGCUCGUGUCGGAGAUUUGGAUUGCGCUCAUUGCCAAGCAGCACGCACGCAGUCGGGCCGACGAGGCGUACAAGGCGAUUUCGGCGCUGACCGUCGAGCUCUUCACGCGUCUGGACCGCAGCGAGGUUGCGUGUCCGAUUGACAAUGUCUUCGAUCUGCUGCUGCGGUACGGAUUCGAGCAGACGCGCGAGGCGGGUGCGACGAGGCAAGAAAGCAUCCCUGCCGGCUUUUCACGUCGAACCAACGACGACGGCGAUGCGGGCGCCGCCAGUAUCCCGGACGGAUGGGCGAGUCAGACUGUGCUGCGCGCCACGGGUGCGCCCGAGUUGAUCCUCGACAUUCUCGAGUCUGCGCUGGCCACCAGUCCGCAGCCGUGGAACACGCCGGCGGGACAGACGUUCCUGCAGACCGAGCUGGUCGAGUUUGCACGCACCCGGAUCGAGCUCUCCACGCGCGCCACUGCCUCGGUUGCUGCGAGCAAGCUGGGACCCGCCGGCUUUGCGGCUGAGCUCGUUACGCUGAGCCCAGCGACUGUCCAGCGCCUGUUUGCGAUUCUCAAUGCACUCAUCCUCAAGACGGCUCACCAGCACGCCUCGGCGCACAUCGCCGACACGGCCCGAUCCGCACUCGACCUGCUCAAGCUCUACUACUGA